AGAUGUCAGCAGAGUUUCUCAAUCUGUCACUUUGCUAGGUGGAGUGCGCUUGAUGGAGGAACGAAAAAUCGGAUACAGCAACCAUGACUUUCUGACAACUCCUGUGAACCGGCUUCCGAUGAACACUUGACCCGAGAGCGUGUUUGCAUCACCCUCAACACGUUAUACCUGUUAGCGACUCCUUUUUUCCUUUAUUUGACAACUGUGGAACAACACCCAUGCGCCUGUGUCAGAAGUUUCAUGCUAACCACCGUUAGCUGCUGCUGCUGCUGCUUCACGUAGCUAUGUUUUCUCUGCUAGCGACAAAAAGUGGUACUUUAAUUGUGGGAGUCUAGUUUGUUUUGUUGUUGUUUUAAAGCUACGAAGUAAGCGUCAUUUUAGACUGGUUUCCCACCCCCCUCCUCCUCCUCUCUGUGUAAAAACGAAGCUAUCAAUCUGUCAGAAAUGGGACUACACCCGCUGGAGUUUAGUGAAUGCUAUCUGGACAGCCCCUGCUUCAGGGAGAAAAUAAAGGCACACGAAGCAGAGCUGGACAAAACUAACAGAUUUAUCAAAGAGCUGUACAAAGAUGGGAAGAACCUCAUCAAUGCAACGAAGCAGCUGGGUAUGGCACAGCGAAAGUUUGCUCAGUGCCUGGGAGAGUUUCAGUUUGAGUACAUUGGAGAUGCAAAGACAGACGAUGAAAAGUGUAUCGAUGAGUCUUUGCAGGAGUUCUCCUCAUUCCUCAAGAACCUAGAAGACCAAAGAGAGCUGAUGAUGAGAAACAUCACAGAAACCUUAAUGAAACCCCUGGAGAAGUUCAGGAAAGAUCAUCUUGGUAUAGUUAGGGCGGAAAGAAAGAAGUAUGAGAAAGAAACAGAGAAGUACUACAGCUCUCUGGAAAAGCUUCUGAAUAUGUCAGCAAAGAAGAAAGAACCACAGCUACAAGAGGCAGACAUCCAGGUGGAUGCCAUGAGGCAGCACUUUCAGGAGGAGUCACUGGACUAUGUGUGCAAAUUGCAGGAGAUCCAAGAGAGAAAGAAGUUUGAGUGUGUGGAACCGAUGCUGGCCUUCUUUCAGACAGUCUUCACCUUUUAUCACCAGGGCUUCGAGCUCGCCAAGGACUUUGACCAUUAUAAAAGAGCACUGCAGAUCAAUAUUCAGAAUACAAGGAGUCGAUUUGAGGGCGCGCGGUCUGAAGUGUACGAGCUGAUGAAAAGGAUCAGGGAGACACCACAAGAAUACAGACAGACCAGCCCUAUCAGUUGUGAAGGCUAUCUCUAUGUACAAGAAAAACGGCCACCUCCCUUUGGUUCAAGUUGGGUCAAGCGCUACUGCACAUUUGUCAAAGAGCAGAAGAUCCUGCACAUGGUGACCUUCGACCACAGAUCUGGUGGGAAGAAUGGUGAGAUAGAGUCUGUCACGCUCAAAUCCUGUGUUCGCAAAACGACAGACAUGUUGGACAGGAGGUUCUGUUUAGAACUCGACAUAACAGAUCGGCCAGGGACGGUGCUAACAGUACAAGCUCUGUCAGAGGAUGACCAGAAGUUCUGGAUGCAGGCCAUGGGUGGGAAGGACCCUAUUGGACACUAUCUUGGGAGGACUUUUUCUAAAGAACGAGGAAUUGAUGCCCAGCUGGAUGAUGUGGGUUUAAGUUUUGUGAAGAACUCCAUCAGCGCCAUAGAGACGAGAGGUAUUAAUGACCAAGGGCUGUACAGAGUUGUCGGGGUAAGCUCCAAGGUCCAGAAGCUUCUCUCAUUAAUGAUUGAUGAGACGAGCAACGAAGUGGAUCUGUCUACCAGCGAGGACUGGGACAUUAAGACAAUAACGAGUGCACUGAAGCUUUAUCUGAGGAGCCUCCCUGAGCCGUUGAUGACCUAUGGACUUUACAAAGAGUUUAUUAGCCCUGCGAAGGGCGGUAGUCCAGAGUCUCGCAUCCAAGCCAUCCACUGCCUGGUCCACAAACUACCGGAGAGGAAUCGACAAGUCCUCGGGCUGCUUAUGAAGCAUCUGGCCAAUGUGGCAGCUAACAGUAAACAGAAUCUGAUGACCGUGGCAAACCUAGGCGUGGUGUUUGGCCCCACGUUAAUGAGGCCGCAGGAGGAGACUGUCGCUGCCAUCAUGGAUCUUAAGUUCCAGAACAUUGUGGUUGAAAUCCUUAUUGAACACCAUGAAAAGAUCUUUGCAGAUGCUCCCGAGUCAUGCCCUCUUUCACCUGCUGCCCCAGUAUUCUCUGCUCCCACAAGGCAGUCCAAGAAGCUGAGUCGACAGAAUCGGCCCCUGGCUGUCUACAAUCCACAAGCCCUAGACAUUCAGAAUGCAGUGGGAGAUAGUUCCAGCCUAACUCCUGAUGAGACAUCAAUGGGCAGCAAUGAGUCUGUAUCUUCCCAGUCAUCGUCAGCCUCGACCUCGGAGACGCCUGUAGAGAGGAGUGACCAUGCCCCACUUAGCACCAGCCUCAGCUCAGGCAGCAACUCCAAGGCCCCCACAGCAGGAACUUCCUGGUCCACUCUUGGAGCGCCAGGAGAGAGUCAACCUGCUGCCAACACAGCUGCUUCUGAAAAAGAAAAGCCUGAGGAGAGUGUCACCGGCAGGAAAGCCAUGGCAGUGUACCCAUGUGAGGCUGAGCACGACUCUGAGCUCUCCUUCCAGGUCGGUGCAAUAUUCAACGCCGGUAAGUGUUAUCGCCUACACCAGUCGCUCACUCAGAACCAGCCCUGGCAUAUUGGAUUUGGAGGAAAACCGAACACCCAAUCUGAUCUUCAAUCGAACAGAGAGAUGAGACGAGGAGAGGGAGAAUGGGGAGGAGGGGGAUAGGAGACACAGAUUUGCUCUUCAGUGCGUCUGGAAGAGGCUCGACUGAGCUUUAAUCACUCUCAGAGGAAAUGAGGAUUUUGUAGUUCCUAUUUUUUGUCAAAACCCUAUUUUGUGAGACACAGACACUAUAGAGAUACUAUAGUCUUUGCAGGGAAACAUGUGGUGAUGUCUUUGAUAAGACCCCACAAUGCAUUGCAGGGUAUUGGUUGUUAUGUUCUUUUCUUGUUCUUUCAACCUAAAUGGUGAAAAAAUCUUUUUUUGGCAUAGUUAGUCUCCAUUGUCUUGCAGAUUUAAGUAAACCGUCUUCCUUUAAAGGUGUUAUGAUCUAAAGUUAUGAUCUAAACGUCCAAAUCUGACAGCUGCCAUUAAUGGAUAAAUGGAUUAGACAAUGGAAACCUCACCUUAAUCAUCUUUCUAUACACUCUAUGCACAGUAUUCCCUUUUGUUCUGCCUGUACAUUAAAGCCAUCAAUGUUCCAUUGUUGGCUGAAAGAGUUCAUCUCAGGAUAAAUGCCUACCAUGGCAAAAUUCAAUUUAAUAGAAGGUGGUUUUCCAACUCCUAAAUGUGAACUUAUAUUAUCAGAAUAAUAAUAAACACGAAAAUGGAUAAAGUAUCACAUUUUCAUAAACUAAAUUAAAUUAUUUUCGAGCCCACACUUAUUGUAAAAUUUCAUUUGCAGCUUCACCCUUUUGUUUAGUAAAAGUAUUACUGAACGAUGACGUGUGUUUCUUUUGGAUCUUAACUUAAAUCUCCAGUUACCUCGAUACAAAAUCUGGGGAGCUUUAGUAUAGUUUUGCUUUCAUUCUGUCUGUCCUUCUUCACUAAUCAGCCAUCAAUUUAAGUGAUUGACAUGUUACAUAAACAUUACAUAAUGAGGCUCUCAUUAACUAAACAUCUACACUUGACAUGUUGUAUACUUUGUAUUCAGUUAUUUCUAAAUGUCUUUUUGGUCUGAGCUGUACAUACAGUUUGUCUAAAGAAAGAUGACAGUAUGUUGAUGCCUCCUCACCCUUAAAACUGAAACUAUCUUGCUUAUUUAUUUUUUUAAAGGCAAAAUUUGUAAUUGGUUGUUCCUAAAAAUGUCAGUAAAAAUAAUCCCAUAGCAGUAGGGGAAUGAAAGUUUAUUAUUGUACUAUGCGCAUGUGCAUAUAAGGUUGGGGGUCUUUGUUUCUCAGUUGAUCAUAAUUGAAAAGACAAGUCUUAUUCUAAUGUAUUUAAAUUUAUUCUAAUUGGGACAAACAGAUAUAAAACACCUUUAACAACCUGAGAAAACAUUACUCAUGCAGAAUGGGGUUGUAUUCUUUUGGUAGCCCUUAUAUUAGAAAAUCUGUCAGUCAAUUUGGAAAUUAAAGCUGGUUCAAAUCAUGUGCUUUGAAUUUUGGUGGCAUGUCAACUCUUUUGUCUACACCUGUAUGAAAGAUUGGGCUUUUAUGUUCCUUGUCCUUGUUCAAUAGACGAAUAAGAGUGGACUCGUAAACACAUUUCUGUCUGCCCUGAGGCAGGCUGAGACAUGUUACAAGAGAAAAGAAAUUAAGUAUGAAGUAUUAAAUUAGUUUAUAUCUUGACUUUGGCCUUAGAAGUUCUCACUGACAAUUUAUCCAUGCAAUUGUUGACUCGCAAAUGCACUCAAAAUUUUAAAUUGGCUCACUUUGGAGACAAAUAAAGAGUCUUGGGAGGAUUUUGAGAAGGCAUGCCACAUUAAUGCUCCAUGCUCUGACACAUCUGUCACACUAAAUGGUUUGUGAGAGCUCCGUUUUGCUGCUGAAAUUCUAGAAAAAUUGGAUCCAAAAACAGACUUGAGAUGUAUAGUAGAGAUAAAAUGAGUCGAAGUGGAGUUUAGUGCAACCGCAUCAUUACUGUAUCCUCUUCAGACCUGCGCUCUGCUCACUCUGACACAUACUGUAUACUCACUGGAGGACUCUGUGUCCUCUGUCUGUCCCCCACCCUCACCCUCCCUGUGGUGUUGUACCCCCCCAUUGACGCUGUGUCCUCUCCUGCAGUGACCCAGUCGAGAGAGCCAGGCUGGCUGGAGGGCGAGCUGGAGGGAAAGAGGGGCCUCAUCCCUGAGAACUACGUGGAGAUGUUGUAGCCUCAAAUGGAAAUAUUUAUGGACAAGUUAUCACAUCCACCUGGAAAAAUCUGCGGAGAAUGCAUGUGCCUCAACUCUGACAUUCACAGUAGAGCCUUGUUUAUCCAAGUCCCUGAAUACUCUCAAGCAAGUGACAAUAUAUUAUUACUGAUGGACUAUUCUUGAUACACAAGUAUAUGCAUUUUUGGCUGGCAAGUAGACUUUUGUGAUGCAUGUGCGAGCAUGUUUCUUUGUUUGAAUUUACUUUAAUUAAUACUUACAUUUCAUCGUUGUAAUAGCAAAAUGGGUUUGCACUUAAAAUAUUAUGCUGUAUACAAAGAUGCUGUAGCCUCUAAACAUUCAGGUAACUUUGUUAGCAGCACCAGAGAAUGAGUGCCUCUCUGUUAAAGGACUCACUCUCUCCCCUAGUUAUACAUGGUAUCCAUGAGCACCCAAAGUCAAAGAAUGAUCCUCAGAAACUGUAAGGAUCAAGGAAUGUCAAAAUUCAAAUCACUGUAAUCAGUUUUUAAAGAUAUUUUGCACCAAAUUCAGUAGCUUUAGACCCUUUUAACAAUGUUUGUUUUCAGCUUUUAAAAGAUUAGAGAUACUGUACCUACCGUGCCUCAACUAUCAGCGUUACACCCAGUGUAAAUGUAUGUACGGGUAUAUAUGAAAACGAAUUGGAGUGUUACUGCUUUAGCUUUUAAAAUGUUGCAUUCUUCUGUCAUUUUAAGAAUAUUUGGAUAGUCAAAAUGAGGCACAUCACUAUUGUAAUUGUAUUUAAUUUAAUUGGCACAUUGAUUGCAUGACUUUUGAAUUUUAAACACACUCUGUACUGUUUUGUUCUUGGUGCACUCCUUCACAGAAACACAGUAAAACGCCUCUUUGAUGCCUAAUGGACCUCUUGUGUUAAACACUAGCAUCAGAGAGUCAGCAGAGGUAAUGAUUUAAACCAAGUGUUUUUCUUGUCAAAGGAUCUGUUUUUGUUUGUUUUUAAAGCUUAUUUUAAACGUUGCUCAGUUUCCUCUGAGCAGAGAAAUACACUCCCACAAAGUUGAAAUUUUAGUUUAUCGUUAUUUUAUCUUCAACUUCAGAGGAAUAAGUGAUCAGAAAUCACAAUCAGAAAGUUUUAUUAUCAGUAAGACCACAAAAUGCAGUAUUUCAAAGUCUUACAUCUGUUCAGUGUAUGUAGUUAUGACUACCAAGUAUGUUUUACACGUCUCCGUUAUGUGAUGGACCGUUUUUAUUUGGUUUAACAUGUACACAUGUCCCAUUACAAUUCAUCCUUCCGCUGUUAAAUAAGACACUUUAAUUUCUCGGAGAGCUUUGGUUCAGCAGACUGUGUUUGCAAUAAUUUAAGACACUGAUUUAUGAUGUUUGUAAAGGGCCUUGACUUCUUUUUAUACCUUUGGGUAUUCUUUUGAUCAAUGUUAAACAAAUAAAGAUUGUUCUGUUCUUUAC